CAAACGAACUAUAGGAUCAUACAGUAUUGUUCCUGUAGUAAAAAACGUUGAAAAUGCGCGUCACUGCAGUUUUAUUGGUUCUCGUCAAGUUAUGUGUUGCUCAAGAUAAUGAGUGCGGUGUUGUACAAAUGACCCAGUGGGCGGGCCAGGCGAACCUGCGCACGGACCCACUGCACAAUCCCGUAGACCUGGUAAUCAUCCAGCACAGCGUAUAUGGCGCGUGCACCACCGACGAGGACUGCGAGAAGACCGUGAGAGGAAUCCGCGAAUACCACAUUAAUAAGAGAGGGUUCACUGAUAUAGGAGCAUCGUUCCUUGUCGGCGGCAACAGCAAGGUGUACGAGGGCGCAGGCUGGUCGCUGGUCGGCGCGCACACCAGACAAUACAACAACCGUUCUAUCGGAAUAUCCUUCCUUGGCGACUUCAGGAAAACCUUGCCGACUACAGAAGUUCUCCAAGCAACACUGGACCUUAUCUCCUGCGGCGUGUCGCACAAUUUUGUGGCGCAAAAUUACCGUCUUAUAGGUCAUAAGCAAGUUGUAAAAACUGAGAGCCCAGGUACGAAGCUACAGAAAGAGAUAGAGACUUGGUCUCACUGGGUAGAAAACGUAUAGUGAAGAAACAAAAUAAAUUAUAAAAU